AUGGCAAACAACAAUGUUGACUGGACAUUCAUUCCGAAACGUGCCCCCUGGUGGGGUGGGUUUUACGAACGUCUGGUCGGUCUCGUCAAAACAACGCUGAAAAAGGUGCUUGGACGCGCGUUUGUGACCCUUGACGAGAUGAAUACUUUUCUAUGCGAAAUAGAAUGUGUGUUGAAUAACCGUCCUCUUACGUAUGUUUACGGUGAUGAUAAGGACGCACUAGCUUUAACCCCCGCUCAUCUGCUGCAUGGUCGAUUGUUGAACACUCUCCCACAUGUUAUCCCAGACUCUGAUGAAAUCAUGGACCCUACUUACGAAACCAGAGCGACACUUACCAAAUGCUCCACAAUUCUGGGAGAAAUUCAGCGAACAUUUUGGAUUAAGUGGGAACAUGAAUAUCUCACUGCCCUCAGGGAGCGACAUGAUCGUGUCAGAACUGGUAAACUGACAAACACUAUCAAACCUGGCGAUGUUGUACUUGUUCACGCGGACAUGAAAAAACGCUUGAUGUGGGACUUAGCUGUUGUUGAGUCUUUGAUUACUGGCAAUGAUGGCAUUGCCCGCGCUGCCAACAUUAGGACAAAGAAUGGCCGCACUAACCGCCCGAUCACAAAGCUCUAUCCGCUUGAAGUUCAGAACCGUGACAAUUGUGAACAGUCAAGUGACAAAACUGUUCACGCCAGUGACAAAACCCGCGACAAUAUUGAUAACAGUGGUACCCUUACCACCAAAACUGUCACAGAUAACUCGAAAAAUCGCCGUCCCACCAGGGAAUCUGCAAAAAGAACACUACUGAAAAUUCUCAACUGGUUAUCUGGUAGUGAUUAA